CUACUAGCGACCACAACUGCUGCAAGAUAGGGGGAGGGAGAGAGAGAGAGACCGAUACGAUUACAGAGCGCAUUGCUCUAGCACGCUCUAGACUCGCAGUGCCCCAGAAUCAAGAACUACCCGGGAUCCCCGUUUAUCGCUAUCAGUGAACGUGUGUGCAAGCCUUCUUCUCAAGCCCGCACAACCCCGCACAACACAGAAACAUGGCCACGAACAGUAGGCGGAAAAGUGGUUGGUGGUUGCUAGUGACGCUGUACACCGUUGGUGUACCACUCUUGGUACCGGUGGCCAUUGCCCAGCUGGACGGUAGCUUCUGGUGGAUGAACGGUAACCUGCUGAAGCAGGCGGAAGCGCUGCGUGAAACGAAGGACGUGAAGGCGGUGGUGGUGUCGAAGGAUUCACCGUUUGAGGAGGUGCGCGUCGGUGGCAACUCGCUGACCGACGGUGGUGACGCACCGGACUGCAUCUGCGUGCCGCUCGGUCGCUGCCGGACAAACCACGCUAAACCGGAUGACGUAACUGUCAGGGAUGGAUUGUGUGGUGCCAACAGUGUUUGCUGCCGCCAGAACCAAAUUAUACCGCAGAACGUGAGCACCACGUCAACGACAACGACAACGACGGCCUACGAUGCUGAGGAUCGGCUCAUAUUCGACAGUCAACCGCCCUCGUCAACCACAGCCGAGCUGGCUACCGUCAGCCACGCCACUCCAACGGCCGCCCCAGAGUUCGACGCGGGACUACUGCUGGAGCUUUCGGCUCUACUGCUGAACCACAGUGGCGGCCUUCCGGCACCACUGGAACCGAUCGAUGGUAACAGCGUGGAACCGGGGACCAUUGACAGGCCAGCAGGACUCGCUGCUGAGCCAACCGUGUGUGGCGUCCGUCAUCGGCAGGCCCUCUCCAGCCGGGUGUUCUUCCAAGAUGAGGACGACGACAAUGAUGAUGCGGCGCUCGAGCCGGUCCAGGGAAUGGCAAACUUCGGGGAGUUCCCGUGGACCGUCGCCCUGUACCAGCUCAUCCGGAAUGGUUCGUUUGUGUACCAUUGCGGUGCCGCCCUGCUGGAUGCGCGGACUCUCAUCACGGCCGCUCAUUGCGUCUCGAACAACCGACUGCAUCCGAACCGGUACGUGGUACACGCUGGCGACUGGGAUCGGCGCCACACGCAGGAACGGUUGCCACACCAGGAACGCACCGUCAGCCGGAUCGUCGUCCACCCGAACUACUACUCCGGUGCGCUCUUCAACGAUCUGGCGCUGCUGCUGCUGAACCGACCGUUCGAGGGUCAGCCGGCCAACAUCGGUCCGAUCUGUCUGCCGGCUGAGCCAGAGGCACCGACCGAACGGCUGUACGACUGUCUCGUUACCGGGUGGGGCGGUACACCGAAGAGCCGCACCGUGCAGCCCAUCAUGCACUACACCAGGAUGCCGCUGGUGGAACGGGGGACGUGUGAGAUCGCCCUGCGCCACCACGCACCCUCCCUCGGUAGGCGGUUCCAGCUGCACUCGAGCGCAGUCUGUGCGGGGGGUGCCGGCAACAGCAGCAGUAGGUUACGGGCCGACACGUGCGAGGGUUCCGGUGGUAGCCCGCUGGUGUGUGCCGAUCGGCGGCACGACGGUCGUUACGUGCUGGUCGGGCUCGUGUCGUGGGGCAUCGGCUGCGGGGACGGUGUACCGGCUGUCCUCACCAACGUGGCCGCGCUCAGCAGCUGGAUUCGGGCACAGUGGAGCCCGGUGCUGUAGGUUGGGCGAGAGAGCGGCAGAGAGCUAGUCUAGAUUUGUUAAUUUGUUACUCCCAUUACAAUACAUACUCACCAAUGAUAACUGCACAGACUCACUACUCCCAAAGAUGGUUUUUCGCUUGCUGGCUGGGCUAUAUUUAAAGGGGGUUUGCAACAUCGUGGUUACCGUUUCGGUUGUU